AUGGCCGCAGAUGCAGACGAACGGACGCCCCUUCUCAAGGGCGGCGCCGGCGCCGUGAAGCGGGUCGGUCGCGGCCUGUGGUCUCCCGCGAAUCGCAUCCUCUUCGCCGGCUUCCUUGUGUCCCUGACUCUAGGACUGACUCAAGUUCCUAUCAUUUACGUCUUCCGCGUCAUGGCGUGCGAGACCUUCUACGACGGCCACGCACCCUUCGACGGCCCCGCCGCCGAUAUGUGCCACCGCCGCGAGAUCGACGCCAACACAGCCCGCCAGGUGUCGAUCCUCGGCAUGACCACCUCUGUCUGCGGUAUCCUCAACCUCUUCAUAUGCGGCGACCUCAUCAAGCGCUGGGGUACCCGUUGGGCGCUCAUUAGCCAGACGGGUCUGCUCGGCAUCCGCGUCUCGUGCCAGAUUAUCGCCGUCUCGACCGGUGGUCAGAGGGGUAUUGACUUGAUGCAGUACACUCAGCUGAUUGGUAUCAUCGGCGGCCCGCGGGGAUACAUGCUUGUGCUCAAUACCGCCGUUGCGGAGGUGGUUGAAAGAAGAAAACAUACUGGCGUAUUCGGCCGGCUGCAGGGCGCAGUAAUGAUUGGCACCGCCAUUGGCUACCUUUUGGGUGGUGUUCUGGGCGAUGUCUUCGGCAUCGUCAGCCCCUUUGUCACUGCCGUCGGCUGCUUCGCGAUUGCUACGACUUACGGCGCCAUCUUCUGGCCAGCGCCGCCUGAGCAGAGCGACGAGGCAGCGGCCAAGACCACACCCGGAGCCUCCGGCUUCCUGGCCCCGAUUAAGGUCCUCAUGCCUCAGAAGUACCGUCUCGAAUCCGGAAAGGUGGUGAGGAACUACGGCCUUGUCUUCCUGGCUCUUGGCAUCUUUUUCGGCGUGAUGUACGCAACCUCCCGUUUCAACUUUGGUACCACAGAGAACGGCAUCCUCAUGUCCGGCAACUCGUGGAUACGUGGCAUCUUCCUCAUGUUCAUCUUUCCGGAAAUCAUCGACAGCGGAAGAAGGUGGUUCGCUUCCUCAUCUCACUCCGGAGCUCUUCAGAAGACACUCACUCAGGACGAGCGUAAUCUCAUCCCAACGCACCCGGAGGACAUGGACCCGGCGCCUGGCUUGAUGAAUGCCUCGGAGCCGACAAAGGCGCCACCCGAAGAGGAAGACGAGGACAGUACCUUUGACUUGUUCUUCUUGCGGUGGAGUCUGGUAGUUGAUGGAAUCGUCACUUCCCUCGCUGCUUGGGCAACCAAGGGAUGGCAUGUUUAUGCUGCUGCCUUUCUGCUUCCGUUUGCUUCCGGAUCAGCCCCAGCCGCCAAGGGUGUCAUUACAGAAAUGUGCCCACCUCACAUGCGUCAAGAUGCCUUGAGUGCCAUCACCCUUGUCGAGAGUGCAGCUACCCUAACGACGCAGGGUAUUUUUGGCUUAGUGUUUGCCACGCUAUCAGAAAUUGGCAAGCCCAAUUUGACGUUCUUCGUCAAUGCGGCCCUCGCCGUCAUCGCCGUCGGCAUUUUGCUCAUGGCCCAUUACCCCCCUCCCAAUGCCACGAGACUUGAGGACGAAGAGACUGAAGAGAACCGUGUCCAGGGCUAG